AGCAUGAAUGACGCUUUGCGCAUGUCCAAGCCGACCUUACUUUUACGUAACAAGAUGGCGGCGCCCUGUAGGAAGCUUGCGAGGUCGGUGAUGUUUAAAGGUUUGUGUCAGAUUCCAGGCCGGUCACUAUGGACACAGAGGUGCCCGGUCAAGUUACAGGCUCUGAGGUGCAUUCCUCCCCGGUGUCUCGCCCGACUCUCCCGGCCACUGACCACCACCAGGUCGACACUGAUCAGCACCAAAACAGAACAGCCGAGAAGCACCGAUCAGCAGAAAACGACUGACACGCAGAAAGAGCAAGAGAAAGAGACUGAGGAGGAGGAGGAGGGACCAGUGUACAUCCCCACGAGAAAGGCCAAGAACCCCAUGAUGAAGAUCGGCUAUGCCUGGAUGAUAGGUCUCCCUGCAGGUAUAAUAGGGUUCAUCCUGACCAAGAGAGAGGUGGAUAAGAACCGCCUGAAGCAGCUGAGGAUUCGCCAGCGGAUGAACCGGUCCAAUGAAGGAGAGUACGAGGGCAGCCGCUACCGCAACAACAGACUGGACUGAUCCCAACUACAUUGAGAAGAUGUGUGUGUGUGCGUGCUUGAGUGAAUGUGUAUGUCUGCAGCUUGUGUGUGUGUUCACUGCCUCUGCUACCGUUGGACUGACGAAGCCUUAAAAAGAGACUGAUGUAUACAGAUUGAAAACAGUUGUUGAGAGACACCCGUACUACUUUGCUCGGUGUUCACACCUACAAGAAUGUAUAUGAAUCAACUGUAAACAAGUCCAUGAGGAUCACACAGACUGUCUGCGCGGGUCAGUAUAGGAUCCAGAGUUCUUCCUAUGUCGUGACCUUAUCAGGAAAAACGCUGGCCAUGUCAAUUCUGCUACAUUCAACAGACCUUUUCUUUCCAGAUUUUUCAAACAUGCAUCAGUAAGUACACCCUGCAAACUGUGUUCCCAUAUGAUUUCUCUCAACAGUCAAUCAUUUAAUAUCAAUAGUCUAAAACUUCCAUUCUUCUCAUGUGGUAGAAUAGAAUCUUGUAUUUUAAUGCUUUGAGAUGUGAAUUUGGGCCUUUUCUCAGUGUUCUGCUAUGUCAUCGAAUGUUCUGUUCUGAGGGUUCUAAACACAUUCGAGUCUAGAACUGUAUGUUCAAGCCAGUACAUGACAAUAAGGCUAAACAUUUCACAAUACUAUAAUAGGUACACUGUAUGUGUUAACAACAAUACUAUAAUAGGUACACUGUAUGUGUUAACAACAAUACUAUAAUAGGUACACUGUAUGUGUUAACAACAAUACUAUAAUAGGUACACUGUAUGUGUUAACAACAAUACUAUAAUAGGUACACUGUAUGUGUUAACAACAAUACUAUAAUAGGUACACUGUAUGUGUUAACAACAAAUACAUCAGAAACAGUCAUCGCAUUUACAUAAAAUGAAAAUGAAUUUACAUCUAUAAGAUGGCAUCACUAAGACGAGACCAUUACCAAACGGCGUAUCAAAAUCACGCCAGUCAGCCCAGAGCUUUCGCUCAUGAUUACCUUGUUGUUACCUAUGUUUAAAUCAUAGAAAAGCAUCAGACAUGCAGAGUAAAAAUAAAUACAAAAAAGAGCAGCGGAUAAUUUAUCCAGAGUGGGUGGAGGAGGUGAGGCCAGACAGGGUAGUCAUCUGCUCUUACUCCUGUGCAGCACUGAUGAGCUUAAAUUAAUAUGUGUCUCAUGUAUGUAUGUAUGAAGUUUUGCAGUGUUUGUAUAAGGUGAAACAGAUGGGGGGGUAUUUGUGAUGUUCCUCUGGGUACCAGCUCAUGUGGGUGUAGAGGGGAACGAGGAAGUGGAUAUUAUUGCCAAUCAGGCUCUUAAACACCCUAAUGUUGAGAUGGAAUUGUCAAUUAGUAAAGCAGAAGCUAAUGGAUUAAUAAGAACAGUGGUUAAAAGUAAGUGGCAAGAGUUGUGGAACAGGGAGAGUAAGGGAAGACACCUUUAUAAGAUUCAGGAAAAGGUGGGGGCAGGGAGGUCCUCAGGCCCGAGAGAGAAGGGAGGAAAGUGUAGUCACAAGGCUAAAUAGUGCAUUGAAAGUGGUGGGGAAACAUCCGACUGGGAGGUGUGAUCAUGGUCAGGAAGGAGAUGGAGACAGUGGAACAUGUUCUAUUUCAGUGCCAGAAAUAUGUGAGAGAAAAGGAGCGAUUGCCAUUAGAUUUGAGGGGUUGAAGAGCCUUCAUUGUCUCUGGUCCACACUCCAGUCCAGUUGGUGCCGGUAAUGCACCUUAAAGUUGGUUGCCAACCGCCAUAUGAAAUCCACAGAAGAAGAAGUAAAAAUAAAACCUGUCUCUACUUUGA